GUGCCCCGCGCACCGCCCCCCGCCGUUCCCGGAGCAGCAAGAUGGCGGACACAAUGAGGAGGAGCCGCCGCCUCUCCGCGGCCUGAGCGGGCCGAGCCCAGCCGGAGCGCGCCGCCUGCCGCCGCCUGCCACCCCUCCCUGCCCGCCGCUCAUCCCCGCCGUCCCGCCGGGCCUCGCCCGUCCGCUGCUGCUGCUCCUGCUGCCGCCGCCGCCGCCGCCCGGAGCCCCGCCCGGCUCUCUUCAGCGCCGCCGCCGCCCUCGGCGCGGCCCGGCCCGGCGGCGGGAUGAAGCUGACGGACAACGUGCUGCGGAGCUUCCGUGUGGCCAAGGUUUUUCGCGAGAACUCGGACAAAAUCAACUGCUUUGACUUUAGCCCCAAUGGCGAAACCGUCAUCUCCAGCAGUGACGACGACUCCAUCGUUCUUUACGACUGCCAGGAGGGCAAACCAAAGAGAACACUGUACAGUAAGAAGUAUGGAGUGGACCUCAUCAGAUACACGCAUGCUGCCAACACUGUCGUAUACAGCUCCAACAAAAUAGAUGAUACAAUUCGAUACCUUUCCCUGCAUGACAACAAAUAUAUUCGAUAUUUCCCGGGGCAUACAAAAAGAGUGGUUGCUCUUUCAAUGUCUCCAGUAGAUGAUACUUUUAUUUCUGGAUCCCUGGAUAAAACUAUUCGACUUUGGGAUCUCCGCUCUCCAAAUUGCCAGGGUUUAAUGCAUCUCCAGGGGAAACCUGUGUGUUCUUUUGACCCAGAAGGGCUGAUUUUUGCCGCUGGAGUAAAUUCUGAGAUGGUAAAGCUUUAUGAUCUCCGUUCUUUUGACAAGGGACCAUUUGCUACAUUUAAGAUGCAGUAUGAUCGAACAUGUGAGUGGACAGGCCUGAAGUUCAGUAACGAUGGCAAACUCAUCCUCAUAUCAACUAAUGGAGGGUUCAUUCGACUGAUUGAUGCCUUUAAAGGAGCUGUCCUGCAUACAUUUGGGGGUUAUAACAAUAGUAAGGCUGUCACAUUGGAGGCGUCGUUCACACCAGAUUCUCAAUUCAUCAUGAUAGGUUCGGAGGAUGGGAAGAUUCAUGUUUGGAAUGGGGAAAGUGGGAUGAAGGUGGCUGUGCUGGAUGGGAAACACACAGGUCCUAUAACCUGUCUGCAGUUCAACCCAAAAUUCAUGACUUUUGCUAGCGCGUGUUCCAAUAUGGCCUUCUGGUUGCCAACUAUCGAUGACUAAUUCCUACGCUGCAGCUGCUGUCAGAUGACUUCCAUACUGCGAACAGCAGCGCAUCAUUGCAAGCAUAGUAUUGGAAUUGCCUAGGUCUCCAAGACUGUGUCCCUGUUCCUGCGUAUGUUUCCAUAUGUCUGACCUUAAUUUGCUGCAUUCCUUUGCGAGGACUCCUCUACUCGGCCUCCUAGUGUGUUCAGAAGUGGCAUGCUACAUGUUCUUACCUUCCAAUCUGUGCCCAGCAGGCUUCAGCUGAAGUUGGAACUGACACAGUAAUAUUUCUAAGAGCAAUGAAGUCUGUUUUAUUUACAAAAAUGUUUGUGGCAUUUUUUAAAGCUGUAAUUGUGUGUUUUCCUUCUGUGAGUGCACAAGGCUAUUGAUGUUCCAAGGUGGAACGUGCCGUUCCUUCCCAUAAGUGCAUGUUUUUCACAUCUGGGAUCUCUCUGGUUUCACUGCAGUCCACAGAUGUGAAGUUACUGCUGUGCCAAAUGUGAACACUGACAGUUUUCAACUUAAACAGCAGAUGCUGGAUUUUCUUGCAGUGGAACACGCACCGAAAGAGUGGGUGACUGUAAAUAUAUAUUAUACAUACUGUCAUUCUUUUUUUGGCGAUGUAGCGUGCAGCAAACCAUACAGGUUUUGUCCACUGUCAGAGCUUGCCGAAGCCUCCCUGCUGUUUGCUGUGCCAGCAUCCUGGAGAGUGCAGACAGUACUGAGGUCCGGUCAGUGUCCCAAGCAAUAAAAGAGUGUGUCAGCAAGACGAUGGAGAAACCAAACUGAGACUGAAAGCACAGUCUGCCUGUGUAUUUUCCUUAUGUAUCAUCUUGGCUGAUCUUACUUGUAAAUAUUGGGGGGGGUGGGGGGUGGGGGGGCAGUGGGAAUGGGCCAUAUUUUUUUACUUUUAGAUAUUAAAGAAUAUGACCUGGGCCAGUAUUGCGGGGUGUCUAGGCUGUUUACCUUCACCAAUGCAGUUUUCCCCUCCUGGUUUGUAAAUAAGCUCCAUUAAAGUCUCCCCACAUCAGGCUUAUACAUGUAUCCCUUUGUUGAUAAAACUGAUGUGCAGUUCAUUAUGCAUUUUGUUACAGGCCCCACAGGUUUUCAGCGAUAGCCACGAAAGAACCACGCUUCCUUUGUCAGAUGGUGUCUUCAGAAUUGAUUUUUUAAAAUCUUACGUGUGACUGUGCUCACUGCUCUGCUGUGGCUUUGCACCAAGGAACACCCCUGCAGAGAGCUGGGAGGGAUGUGCUUUCCUGCGCCACAGGGGCUUGUGGGUGAAUGGCAUGGAAAGGCUGGCAAGCUGAUCUUCAAGCCUGGUUCCAGUUUCUUUUUCCUGAAAGGCUGCAUUUAUCAAAUGCAUCCACCAGCUGGCUGGGACAGGCCUGGUGUAAAUGUGGUGCUCUUUGUUUGGGAAGGUAAGAAUACAUACUUGGCUUUAUGUGCUGGGUCACAGCUUGGAAAGUCCACUCUUUCCCUCAGAGAGUCACAUGUGCUUGCCCUCUCCUAAAUGUAAAAUGCUGGUAAGGUGACAAGCUCAGUAAUGGGUGUGUUCUCUCUGCUGUCAGGUGCCAGUCCAUACUGGAGAACAGUGCUCGAGCAUUUUACCUUAGGUUAUUGUCUAGAUGUUCCCCUCUUACAGCAAAGUUUGUCUCAGCUGUGGGACAAAGCAUGUGUCCCUGGAAAAGUAAAUCAGCUUGUAGAACAGCUGCUUCUGUUUUGCUUUUCCUUGCCUUUUUCUUUUUUUUACAGCCCUUGUCACUUGACAUGUGCUGUGCUUAAGAGCUGGCAAUGGGGUAUGAGCAUUUCUCCACUGCUGGUUCCUUUAUAGUGGCACAUGCUGAGCUGCAGGGCUUGCAUGUGACAGCUGGCAGGAGGACUGCCCACAUGAGGGAGUCUGAUAAAGUUGAUGUUUGAACUGAUACUGUGGUUGAAGCUUCUCCUUAGGCUCUGUGAUUUCCCUCUGCUGAUGCUAGUGCACCAGUUUAGAGCCAUUUCUAACAGCAUGGGUCUGUGAUGCAAGUUUUCUGCCCUCCAGACUGGAGGAGGGAGGGGAACAGUGGACUGAUGCUUUUGGUCUUGCCGAACAGACCUGCUGUUGGAGAUGCAGAUGAGAGAUACAUACUAUUACACCAGCAUCCCUCUUCCUGGCAUGUAGUGUCCUGUCCUACUGUCACCUACAAAUGCCCAGUGCAAAGGUAGAUGGCUGUCUCGGUCCUCACAGUUGACUAGGUUUUCACAGACACCUCUUCAACUCAGUAUUGAUGUGUUUCAGGCUGCUUGGUGCUAUUUUACCAUUGAUGGUGUUUCUGUAAGCAGCCAUAAUUUGCAGUGGUUUGUAACAAACAGGUAUUUGGGGUUUGUAGUGCAUUUUAACAGUCAAAUUUUAGUGUUCAGUAGCACUGUGGUCUUUCGGGGUUUUACCAACUGUAUUGCCUGAAGAAGUGAACAGAUAGCUCGCGGCCGCUUUUCUUGUUCCGUUUCACAGGGAAGCACUUGGAAGUCUUUUAUGCUAAAAAUGCUCUUUGCUAAUGUGGGUUGAGUGCUUGUCCAAAGACAGUUGUUCAGCUCUCUUCCGCUUGCAGUGUUAUAAAACAUUGUGUGUUGCAUCAUGAAAUGUUUAAGAAAAAGAGGACCAAAGGACAAAUCUAGAAGGACACAUACACAAAGAACAACAUCAGUGGCUUUCUGGUGUGAAGAUAAGUUUACAGGUUCAUGCACAGCACUAAUGUUCAGUUCAAAAUUAAAGCUGAAUGCCUUCCCAGGGCCAAUUGCCACCCACACAGGCAAACACAUCUUUCUUGGUUGAUGUAGCACUGUUUUCCAUCUGCCUUUAAAAGAAGGAAAUGUGCCAAGUAGUGUCAAGAAACUUAAGCAUCACAUAUUUCUAGAAGGUUAGACAGGAAAGGUGAAUAAAGCUUUUGGCUUCCAGCUUCUCUGUGCUUUUCUAAAACUAUCAGGACUGCAAUUCCUGUGUUCUUCAGGGCAGCCAGAUAAUGAGAAAGUAACCUCAUUAAAAACAGCUCUCCCAGCUCUAAGGAGUGUCCAGCCUCAUGUAAAGCCAAGCAGGAAACCGCAUUCCCUCUCCAAAUGUGACAUUUAAAAGAUUAAUCUCCCACCGUGUGUUUGGGAUGAAGUAAAGACUUUUCUUCAAAACAAGGGGAAAGUGAGAUUCAACAGCCCACCUCUAAAUAAGCAGUGGUGGUGGCUGAGCACAUCUGCUUGGGCUGUAGGAGAUUUUGGGUGUAAUUCUCUUCUAAGUUUUUGAGAGAGUUUGGGGUUUGUGGUUUGGUUUUGGGGGGGGUUUGUUUUGGGGUUUUGGCUUUUUUUUUCUGAGGCUCCCAGGUCCUUGGUUCAUGUCUCAACCCUUGCUCUGGGGGACACAGGAGAAAUUGAGUGAACAGAUUUGGAAGUAGCAGUGUAUAUUUUCUAAUGCCUCUUGACUAUAUUUGCACUUUAAGAGGCUUCACCUUGGUUUGGAGUCAAGGGCUAGGAUCCUGGUGAGCCUUUCAGAAACUGGUCUCUUUGGUCGUGAGCUGGUAUGAGGAGUUUGACUCCUAGGUGGUCUCUACUAGAUGAGUGUAAAUACAUAAAAUCAAAUUAUGCUUUGUCACAAAAUACUACAUAUGUGGAGAACUCACUGUUGUGGCUGUUACCAAUAAAUAUUUUGUAGAGAAAUCAGUGUGCUGCAAAUUCUGUGUUUGUCCAGUGUGAUACAACUUGCUGGUUUCUUAGAGGGGGGAAUAGGAAAAUCAUUCCUUUAAAAGACCCUUUGUUCUGGAAAGUCAGAAGCUCUGUAGUGGAAACUGUGACGCUCUGAAGCUAUCCCUACAUAAAUUGCCCAUUUUAAGAGGU